CGCUCCAACCCCACGCGCUGGGCGUCCGUCAGGGAGGGCCCCCAGGGACAGCGCGAGAGCCGGUCUUCCCUUCAGCGGGCUGUGCUGGAGGAGGCGGGGUCCGCUGCCCGCCUCCCGCCCCCCCCGCCCCGCCCCCCCUCCCCGGCGGGCGUCGGGCCGGUGCCCGAAGAGAGGCGGCGGCCCCCGCAGCGGCCGCAGGAGGGGCGGCGGCGGUGGGCGCCGCGGGCGAUGCCCCUGCCCGGCUGCUCCGGCGGGGGGCGGUGCGAGCGGCGGUGGCGGCGGCGGCGGCGGGGGAGCAGGCAGGGGGCGGCGGCUGCGGCGGGUGCCACAGAGGGGCCGAGAGCCGGCGGCGGCGGUCGUGAAGGGCAUCGGCGGCGGCGAGGAUGGCAGCGCUGAUCUGAAGAUGGAAAGAGCCAGGCGAAGGGGAGGCGGCGGCGGCGGCGGCCGUGGCCGCGGCGGCAAGAAUGUAGGGGGCUCUGGCCUAAGCAAGAGUAGACUCUAUCCCCAGGCCCAGCACUCCCACUACCCCCACUACGCGGCUUCAGCCACCCCUAAUCAGGCUGGGGGCGCAGCCGAAAUCCAGGAGCUGGCCUCCAAACGAGUGGACAUCCAGAAAAAGAGGUUUUACCUAGACGUGAAGCAAAGCUCCCGGGGCCGGUUCCUAAAGAUAGCCGAAGUCUGGAUAGGGAGAGGCCGGCAAGACAAUAUCCGAAAAAGUAAACUGACCCUCUCCCUGUCUGUAGCCGCGGAGCUGAAGGACUGUCUAGGGGACUUCAUCGAGCACUAUGCCCACCUGGGCCUGAAAGGCCACCGGCAAGAGCACGGUCACGGCAAAGAGCAGAGCUCCAGGAGGAGACAGAAGCACUCAGCACCCUCCCCCCCAGUCUCUGUGGGGUCUGAAGAGCACCCUCACAGUGUCCUCAAAACAGAUUACAUAGAGAGGGACAAUAGGAAAUACUAUCUAGACCUAAAGGAAAAUCAGCGGGGUCGCUUCUUAAGGAUUAGACAAACCAUGAUGCGGGGGACUGGCAUGAUAGGUUAUUUUGGCCACACUUUGGGCCAAGAGCAGACUAUCGUCCUCCCAGCACAAGGGAUGAUUGAGUUUCGGGAUGCCUUGGUUCAGCUCAUUGAAGACUAUGGCGAAGGAGACAUAGAGGAACGCAGAGGUGGAGACGAUGACCCAGUUGAACUCCCGGAGGGGACUUCUUUCAGAGUGGACAAUAAAAGGUUCUACUUUGAUGUGGGCUCUAAUAAGUAUGGAAUUUUCCUGAAGGUAAGUGAGGUGAGGCCACCUUACCGUAAUACUAUUACUGUUCCAUUCAAAGCUUGGACAAGGUUUGGGGAGAAUUUUAUCAAGUAUGAAGAAGAAAUGAGGAAAAUUUGCAACAGCCAUAAAGAAAAGAGGAUGGAUGGCAGAAGGGCCAGUGGUGAAGAACAAGAAUGCCUCGACUAGAAUGAAAUUGAACUCCAUCAGGCAAAAGUUAAAAUCAUAAAUUGGCUAAAAGUACUGAUCCAUAAUCAUUUGAAGAAAUUUUUCCUCUUUUUUGGCCCUUUGUUAUUAGUAAUACCUCUAGUAGUUUAUACUUCAAGGAGUCUGAUUCUCAUGUUAUGUUAUCCAUAGAACACUAUAAUUCUUAUGGGAAUUCCAGCCUUCCCAGAGCUAAAUAGUUUAGCUGCUUCAACUGCUCCAGACUAUUGAAGUAUGCAAAUCAGCACAAAGUGUGACAGUCUGACCUUCUAAAUACCAUAACUAGGAUUUACAUUGCACUAUGACAUAAGCCUGAAAAAAGAUACAUAUACCUAAUAUGGAAGUGUGAAUUUCUAUUUAGCAAGUUCCCCCCAAAAAUGAAUUCCAUUCCUACUUCAUUAAAAGCUGCUAGGAUGACCUGUAGGACAGUUACCACAGAAACAGAAAUUGACUUCCAUUAUCAACAUAUUUAUUUAUAAAAGUACAGGUAGAAAUGUAUUCAGUGUCCAUUGGGUAACUGAAUAUUAAACAGUACCAUCAAAGAAUUAAAUCUUUAGUGUUCUAUAAUUUCAAAUUUUGUGGUAACCCUACAGUUUAUAGUUGCCAUGUCAACGCCAUCAGAGAGUUUUAAUUGGUUUUUCUUAGUUACAAUCCCAUCUUCUCCUCUGACUAUUGUACCAUAUAUUAUUAUUGACUUUCCAAAGUUUCAGGAAUUAAUUUUAUGUCACUGUUGCGUGGGAGGCUUCAUCCUAUGGCUUUGCUAUGGAAAUCUUGAUAUUUUAGCUUUUCGUGCUAAUUUGAAGGUCGUGAGAGGUUCUUUCCCAAAAUACAUCAUGGACUCAAGGUGUUAUAUUUUAUGCUGCUGCUUUAACACUAUUUCAGAGGGGUUGGUGCACCAGUUAUCCAAUAUAAAAAAUACAUCUGUAAUAAUAUAUUUUAGUAGCACUUUUUCAGUUGCUACCCUUAAGUCCAUUUCAGCACUUCCAGUAUAAUCCUGACUUUUGCAGGUGUUUUAAUUCCAGGAAAAAAAAAAAAAGUGUUUUUCUAAAAAGCAUUUAGAAUAAAUAUAAAAUUUCAGCCUGGAAAAAUAUUAUUUGAAGAUUGGUUAUAAACAUAUUUGCAAGGAAAAUUCAGGCAUUUUCCAAGGUGCUCUUUAUGGUACUUAAAAAGGUUUACUUUAGACAAGACUCACCCAUUUACUUGUAUUAAAAAUUACUUUCCAGGAAGUGCCACAGCAAUUUUUCAACACCUAAGCAAUUUUUUAAACAAGUGGAUAUAAUGUAUAUGUGUACCAACCCACCCUGUAUUAACUGACUGAAAUCUUAUCUGUUGAGCUGCAUUUUAUUCUGAAUGAAAUUACUGUCUUUUAUCUUGGCUUUAUUCACCUCCCACACAAUAAGCCCAUAUAAUCAUGUUUAAGAGCCAGACACUGAUUUCAACCCCCAAAUAUAGCUCUCAUUGAUGAGAGCUGGCUGCAUGGAUUGAGAUCAGAAUGUAGCUCUUCUUUUAUAUGUUAUAAAUAAGUCACAAUUAUUUUAACAGUUGUUUUCCCUCCAGAGGUUUGUCCCCAGAUACACUUAAGUAAGGUCACUAAGAAAACUUUAUGAUAUGAAUUAAGAAAAUUAAUUUCACUGAUUUACAUUACUUCAGAACAAGCAAUCAGGAACCCAGACUUCUGUGCUGGUGUUGGCGUAUAGAUUGUAUUUCCGGUUUCCUCAAAUAGUGUGAAGGGAUCUCACUAGUUCAUUAUAAUUGUGGACCAUCUGGAUCACUACGGAACAGCUAAAGGUUAGAAAACGAUGUUAGUACUAGAGUUAAUAGCACAUGGUGGGUGUUGAGACUCUAAAAGUAGCAAGGAUCUUUAAGCAGUCCUCACUGUAAAAUCACUACUCCAGGCUUGAUAAAAAGUAGUGCUGGGGGUCCGUGAAGGAGUGGUGUGCACCUGCAUUCCUGUACUACUGAUUGCUUUGCUGCCCAUUAUAGUGCCUAGUAAUAAUAACCUGUCAGAUAUCGGCAAACUGGAGCUGUGACUUUGCCAGUAUUUGAGUGUUCCUAUCGCUGUUGCUGUGACUAUAUACUCUCUCUCAUGACCUUCCCUUCUGAAACAUUUAUAUUCGUUAAAUCUAAAUGAUUUCCUUUUUGGUUUUUAGUCUGGUAAGGUUUGAGUGUGUGUCUAUAUAUAUAUAUUACAUGUAUGUGUGUGUAUAUAUGUGUGUUAUAUAUAUAUAUACAUACACAAUACAAUGUCAGACUUAAAGAUCUUUAACUCACUGUAUGUAAAUAUUAUUAGUUUAAUUUUGCAUUAAUAAUUUAAGUAAAAAAUGGGUUAAGCAGCCACAUUUUCUACAUUAUAUGUAUCCUUCAGAGUUUUUACCAUCUCAAAGCUACAGAUUGGAUAGAUGCAUAUAUACCGGCAAUUGAAUAUACUUUAGAAUCAUUAAGCCUUCUGCCAGUCCUUUUAUUUCAUUUUUUCAAAGUUAAUGUUCACUGAAAAAACAACUGAUGCUAUGAUUUUUUUUUGAUACUUAAAAUUUCCAAUCAUUCAUUAGCCAUAAUCAAAUAAAAUCCAGUCCAAAACUCUGGUAUUAGGACGUGUAUUGCCAUGUAUCUUAUAAAAUAAGCUACUAUUCUUAUCUGUGCAAUAUACAUUUUAUUUAUUGUCAUUUGGAACAUAAAUGGAGCUGCAAAGUGUACAUGGUACUCUUCAAAAUAAUAGGAUCCCUGCCUUGAAGACAUAAAACUCUUAAGGCAACUGGAUGUUAGAGUUCAAAAAGUGAACAUUAAAGUUCGUAACCAAAAUUACUAGUUCACUAUAUCAUUCUAAAACACUGCUAAUGUUUGCACAUAAUAAUCCAAGCAUAAUGUGGUACAGACUCAAAACUGUAGUAAUAUAAGCUGAUAGUAUGAAAUUUUGGAAACGGGUUCCUCAUAGUAGUUGGCAAUGUGCUCCUACCAAUUGAAAGCAGCACUAAUCUGUUGCUUAUAUGCAAAAGAUGCAAUGUAUUAUAAAAGUAUUAAACUUCUGCCACAUUUUAUAAUUUUCCUUGUUAAAGCCCCAGACUGCCAUGUCCCUUAAACUUGAGUCAAACACAAGCUUAUUUGCACUAAAGAGCAUGGCCAAAAAGUAAAUGACAGGGUGGAAAAGCUAGUUGGAACCUCUUGAAAUAAUUGGUUCUAAUGGGAGAAUUUCACAUUUGUCUCUUUGAAAGCUAUAUGGUCCAGGCAGACAAUCUGUCAGUUCACUAAUUUAAUAAUGCACUUUACCUUUUGUAUAUAAAAGAUGUACAUUUAUGCCAGUUGACUGGUGGGAUGUGUUUCAGUAACUAUGUAGUAGAAUCUGUAGGGUGAGCUCUUGCAUGCAUAUGUUUGUGUUGGAACUGUUGUAGUAACAAGUUUCCAUUAAAUCAGUAUAAUGGAGAAGGGUAGAAGAUGCUUCUGAAGCAAAUCCCAAUACAUUUAACAAAGAAUUUUAAAAUAGAGUUCAUAUUUGUAUUCUUCAGGACUAGAAUCAAUAAAAAACUAUUUCUAGCCCAGAUUAGUAUUACAGUUGAGAUUAUAGCUAAUUGAGACUCCCCAUAAUACCCUGAAAAUGAAUUUUGGGAAUUUGUGCAGACAAAAAAAUUUUUGACGAUUCUUUUUCAUUGUUGAUGUGUGUUUAAAUUACUAAUGAAAAGACAAUACAUGAUACUGUAUUAGAAUUACAAAUAUGAUUGGCUGACAUGGCAUCAUUAAGAAAACACCCAGAUGAGAGAAAUAAAGUUGAAAUUAAGGAAAUGCAAAGAGCCUAAGAACAAUUGCUAAAAUAAAUAUGAUAGUGUUUCAAAAUGUGCAGAAGAACUAACUUUCACCAACCAAAUAAGGGUAUUAGGGGAUUUAGUGUAUCCUUCCAUCCUGAAAACUUCCUAAGAUGUACAUUUGCAAACUAGAUAAUUGUUGCUUAAUAAUAGGUUGUAUGUACUUUACUAAGAAACACUGUGUACUAACAAUUCAUCAAGAGUAUACUAUAUUUAUUCAUUUUAUAUCUGUGGAUAAGAAUACAUUAUAUAUAGUGAUCCUAUCUUAAUAUAAUCAUGUAUUUAUAUUGUAAUUUUGCAAAUAUUUUCAGUAAAAUAAACAUUUAUCUGAGCUGCACAAUUUGAAGAGGAUGAAAUUGGAAUACACCCUCAGACAUUCAGUUUUAAUAAGCAACCACCAUUGAAAGUUGAUGUGUGUACUAUCAUUCCUUUAGAAUUUGUUUUAUGGCUUAUUUUAAUAUUUAAGUAAGUAGGACUUAAUUGGAAAUCUGAAGUAGUGUUCUGGAAAUAAUUUUUUCAUAAGCGUGAGAUUUUUUUUUUUCCUGCUGAUUUCUAAAUGUCUUUCAUUGGAACUGUUUGUAAAAUCUUAUUCCAAGCUUUAUGUAAGAGCUUUGCUUAGUCACCACGUAGUUUGAAGUCUGUCUUUUACCAAAACACCAAACAUCUUUGGCAGGAUAAAAUCUAAAGUAAACCGCAAAAAGAAUUUAAAAUUGAUUCUAUGCCAACGGAAUAAUACAGGUAUAAUACUUAUCACUGCCAAAUAAGAAUCUUCAGAUCUUUCUGGAGUUUCCUGAAAGAUUUCUUGAAUUUCAUAGAGAAAUGUUGGCUCAAGGCUAGCCCAUCAGAGGAAGAGAGUAGGGAUGUUAGCAUGCUGUUCAGACAAUCCACAGUCCACAAUACUGUAGCAAUAAGGUACAGGGAAGAUGUGUUUUUCCCAAUUUCACGUCUUGUGAAAAUUGAAUUUUUAGAUCAUAGUUACUCUGUCACACUCAAAUUUAUGUAGAAAAACAGUUUAUGUGUUAGUAUAUUUUCUUGUAUAAUGUUAAAAGUUUAAUCUUUUUUUCUUAAUUUGACAUGAUUUUUUAACUAAUUUAAAUUCAUUUAGUCAAUAUCUUUGAAUAGGGAAAACAUGCGUAUAGUACAAAAUGUAAAUGCUCCAGAUGGGUAGACACUGAAAAGUAGCAACCGGUGUUACCAAUUUCUUGUAUAUCCUUCUAGAGUUACUCUGCGUAUACAAGCAUAUGUAUAUAUACAGAUAUUCUUUUUAAACAUACAUUUGAAAGCAUAUGGUAUACACUCUCCUGUACCCAGUAGUAUCAAUUUAAAAUCUGUCAUUAUAAGGGAGUUUUUUUCUCCUUUCACUUAGAUACCAUGCUUGAUCUAGUUACCAUAGCAUUUAAUUUGAACUAUUUACGACACCAAGAGAACCUCAGAAAAUUUUGAAUGACUCUCAUUGGAAUUUACUCAAAAUGCAAAUACAUGUAUAUAUCAAUUUUUAAAUGUAUAAAUAUUCAGUUUCCCCAUCCCUAUUCCAAACUGCUUUGCCCUCCUGUCUUGCCCUCUUCCUUCCGUUAAAAAAGUAUCGGUCUUUUUCCUGCUGUAAUACAGUUCAGAAUGUUAAAUUAUUUACCCAAAGGUUAUUUUAGAGCAACUGUGUCCUCUAAUGAAAAACACCCAUAUUUAAAAGCUUUAAUAAAUUAUCACUUCAGUCAUUUUUUACUAUUCCUGUUACUAUUAUUUUUACCCAAAGACCUCGCCAUUAUAAGAGUAAAUCAGUACUAGAACCAUAGUAAAAGGUUAUGAUCCUGUUGAAAUCUUUGAUUUAGUAACAUGAGCUUUUAUAUUUAUGAUGAGAAAAAGUAUAGUUAUUAAUGGAUAAUUCAUUUUGCAUUUAGUCAAAUCCAAUACUAAGCAAAGGGAUAACACUGGUUCUGAUUAUUUAAACCAUUGAUUUCCUGUUGAGGGACUCAAGAGUCCAUCAGAUUUCCUUGGGACCAAAAAGUACUACGAUGAUUUGAGAAAAGAUUAAAAACUUUAGGUCUAUGAGGUUACAAGUACAAUUAAACCAUCUCUGUUCUCAGCUGUAAGAAUAUAAAAUAGUUAAUAUGAUUGUUUAAAAAUGAAGUUAGCAUAAUUACUGUUUCUGAAAAUAUAAACAAAGUUACUUUCAUAGUUCCCCAACCCCUCUCCCCCCAAAAGUCACAGUUCUCUUUUUAUUCACAUCAAGGAGUCACUUAAAGGUCACUUUUCUAAUAACCACCAAGAAAAUAUUAUUAUCUGAAAAAUUAAGGGUCCCAUACUUGAACCCUGAAGGAUCCUAUCUAAGUAUGAAUUAAAGCAACCAAAGUAAAAAAUCCAAUAGUGUUAGGAAUAUUUUAAAGAGUAUGUGGGUUGAGAAAGAAUUUUUUUUAAUGGAUUGGUGUGUGUAAACUCUGUGAAAAAUGUUAAACGGUUUAAAGAUUAAAGCAUUGGUUUCAACUUUAGAAUAAUAUCUCCA